AUGACUGUUGCCACAGGCGACCCCUCCGACGAGGCGGCUGCACGCCCGGGGCACCCCCAGGACUACGACCCGGAUGCGGACCAUGAGUGUUGUGAGAGGGUGGUCAUCAACAUCUCAGGGCUGAGGUUUGAGACGCAACUCAAAACCCUCUCCCAGUUCCCAGAGACUUUGCUGGGGGACCCCAAAAAGAGGAUGCAGUACUUUGACCCGCUGAGGAACGAAUACUUUUUCGACAGGAACAGGCUCAGCUUUGACGCCAUAUUGUAUUAUUACCAAUCAGGGGGCCGGCUAAGAAGGCCGGUGAACGUCACCCUCGAUAUUUUCUCAGAGGAAAUUCGCUUCUACCAGCUGGGAGACGAGGCCAUCGAGAUCUUCAGAGAAGACGAGGGUUUCGUCAAGGAGGAAGAGCGGCCCCUUCCUGAAAACGAGUUUCAGAGACAGGUGUGGCUGUUGUUCGAGUACCCAGAGAGCUCAGGUCCUGCUAGGAUUAUUGCCAUAAUCUCUGUCAUGGUCAUCCUGAUAUCUAUUGUCAGUUUCUGCCUGGAGACCCUCCCCAUUUUCCGCAACGAUGAUGGCGACGGGCACAAGUUUCAAGAGCAAAUUUAUUCACCUGAAACAAACACCACAAUCAUCAGCUACACUAACACCUACUUCACCGACCCUUUCUUCAUCCUGGAGACUCUUUGCAUCAUAUGGUUCUCCUUUGAGUUCCUGGUGCGCUUCUUCGCCUGCCCCAGCAAAGCAGGCUUUUUUGGUAAUAUAAUGAACAUCAUUGACAUUGUUGCCAUCAUCCCUUACUUCAUCACCCUUGGCACAGAGCUGGCCGACACGCCAGAGGAUGGUCAAGCGGGUCAGCAAGCCAUGUCUUUAGCCAUUCUCAGGGUCAUCCGCUUAGUACGAGUCUUCAGAAUUUUCAAGCUCUCUCGUCACUCCAAGGGGCUUCAGAUUUUGGGUCAGACCCUGAAAGCCAGCAUGAGGGAGCUCGGCCUUCUCAUCUUCUUCCUCUUCAUCGGGGUCAUCCUGUUCUCCAGUGCAGUCUACUUCGCUGAAGCGGAUGAGCCCGAGUCGCAGUUCGAAAGCAUCCCGGAUGCGUUCUGGUGGGCUGUGGUGUCCAUGACAACAGUCGGCUACGGUGACAUGGUCCCGACUACCAUUGGUGGAAAGAUUGUGGGCUCUCUCUGCGCCAUCGCUGGCGUGCUGACCAUUGCCUUGCCGGUGCCUGUCAUCGUCUCCAACUUCAACUACUUCUAUCAUCGAGAGACUGAAGGUGAAGAGCAGGCUCAGUACCUGCAGGUCAACGUGGCCAAGACCGAUUCAGCCGAGGAGCUGAAGAAGAGCCGGAGCGGCUCCACCAUCAGCAAGUCGGACUAUAUGGAGAUUCAGGAGGUUGUGAACAACAGCAACGAAGACCUUCAGGAGGAGAACCUCAAGACAGCCAACUGCACCCUGGCCAACACAAACUAUGUAAACAUCACCAAAAUGCUCACAGACGUGUAG